UAGUCCCAGAAGAGGAGGGUGGAGUGUCAAUGUGCCAUUAUUACUUGUAAUAAUAAAAAUAAAUGACAGUGGCAGUAGUGAAUGACAAUUGUACUGAGGCAGUGAGGGUUCUUGUCAAACAAAAUUAUACUCUUUAACAUCUCUCUUCUUCUUCUUCUUCUUCAUUUUUUCUGUAAAUUUUUAAUAAUGGGAUGCUAUUAUUAAAGUAAAGUUUAUUUGGUUAGAGUCACACCCCAUUAACCCCACUCUCCUUAAAAUGGUAAAAACCAAUACUUUAUUACACCUCGUGUAGGCAAAAAUAUAAAUCUGAGUGGGGCAGUGGGGAUUUGUAUUUAUACAUGGCUUCAGUGCAGUGUGCAGCUCUUGUCCAGAAAAGAUGUACAGAUAAAAGAUGGGAGUAGAGCCCCAGCAACACCAAUCAUAGAAACAGCAUUGUAGAGAGAGAGAGAGAGAGAGAGAGAGAGUGAGAGAGGGGGAAAAAUGAAAUAUGUUUGUUUGAGGCAUUUGGUUUGAUCACUUAGUGUGUGAAGUCUGAUUGGUUUCACCAAACAGGGAAGAACCAUCUGCUUCUGUAAGUUUGUUCUACAGGUGGCCAAGAAAAUGGGCCGCGGCGGCGGUGGCGGCGCGUCGUGGGGAUUCAAGAAAGCCGCCAGGAAAAUACUUGUUCAGACAUGUGGCUCCUUCUGCCAGCGCCACCAAACCCCCCGGAAUUCCACUGCCACCACUGUAUCUUCCAAUUCACCUAACCCAGAGAUCCGACCGAGGAACAUUUCUUUCAGGAAGAACUCGUCGGACAUUUCUGGACAAGGCAAUUCAAGAACCAGCCCUUGUUCCAACAAGAAUUUGUGCGCAAUAUGUCUCGAUCCAUUGAAUUACAGCUCCGGCGGCAGUCCCGGCCAGGCGAUAUUCACAGCUCAGUGCACACACGCAUUCCAUUUCGCCUGCAUUUCCUCGAAUGUCCGCCAUGGCAGCGUCACUUGCCCUAUUUGCAGAGCUCACUGGACGCAGCUGCCUCGCAACCUCAAUUUACGAUGCUCGAUUCACUCUAACAAAGCUGACCCCAUUUUACAGAUCCUCGACGAUUCCAUCGCCAAUUCUAGGGUUCACCGGCGAUCGUUCCUCCGAUCGGCUCGAUACGACGACGACGAUCCAAUCGAGCCCGAUCACUCCAGCGAUCAGCCACGUCUCCAUCUUCAUCUCUGCCAUCGCCAUUUGUCCGCAUUGUCGUCAAAACCCGAGUCUCCGAUCGCUGCGCACUUCCCGUCGACUGGAGAAUCGCCAUUCGUAUGCUCGCCGAGCAACCUAGCUUACCUCCGUGUGAAAUUAGCGCCGCAGCCGGCAACCGAUUUGGUCCUCGUUGCAAGCCCGAAUGGUCCUCACUUAAGGCUUAUGAAACAGGCGAUGGCAUUGGUGGUAUUCUCGCUGCGGCCGAUCGAUCGAUUAGCCAUUGUUACGUACUCGUCCGCAGCUGCGAGGGUGUUCCCUCUCCGGCGAAUGACUUCCUACGGAAAAAGGGCGGCAUUACAAGUCAUCGAUCGGUUAUUCUACAUGGGACAGGCGGAUCCGAUGGAAGGGCUAAAGAAAGGCGUGAAGAUACUCGACGAUCGCGUGCACAAGAAUCCCGAAUCCCGAAUCCUUCACUUGACCGACAAUCCGUCGAGAUCCUAUCAUCAGUUCGACAUGGAAGUUCCCGUCGUGAUCCACCGAUUCCAUGUGGGCUACGGAUUCAGCACGUCGAACGGGUUCAUAAUGCACGAAUUCGAAGAGUUUCUAGCGAGAACGCUCGGGGGAGCGAUUAGGGAUAUCCAGCUGAGGAUCGAGGAUGGAACCCGAGUUGUUCGGAUUGGAGAACUGAGAGGCGGCGAGGAGAGGAAUGUCCCGAUAUAUUUGGAUGAUUUUGGACCGCUGUGCGUCGAGUAUAGCUAUGUCGAUGGUGCAGACGGCGAAUCCAUUCGACAAGGCGAGCUCGUCGUCGACGUCGAGGAUAAAGGGGAUAGAAGGGAGGAGAUGGAUCCCGGCGGCACCAUUGGAGGGAGGAUGAGCAGUGCUGAAACCUGGGAUUAUCAUGAUCCUUUCAUGGCUAGAAGAUGGGCAAAACAUUUACAUGGCUAUAGGCUGUAGAUUGUCUAGUAACAUAUAUAUAUAUAUAUAUAUAUUCAUUGUAAUUGUUUGUGUACACUUUCAGACACUGAUUGUGCUUAGCAGCCUUGAGUUUCCAGGCGACCUUCUUCACGAGGGUUAGUCAUAAUUUGAGUGUUAAUUCAUCCCUGAGCUCUUUGCUCUUCCAAAUAUUUUCUGCACUUCAAAACCUUAAAAUC